AGUUGCUGCCAGAGCCUUGCUGUGUACGCGCGGAACUGACAUGGCCUUGACAGCAAGCCAUACGUAGUUGCCUCCCUUUAAAUGGUUAUCGCCAAACAGCGAUUCGUCCAGGAAGACACCAGGUGACUUGGUGGUAAUGGCGGAGACCUCUGUGUUGUUGAGUGGGGAUCUGCUGAGCGGUGGACAAGAAUAUCGUGUGCACCUGUCCCCUGACGGCCUGCACUGGCAGCUGACCAAUCAGAAGAAGGAACCUACAGAGGUGAGCCUACCAUGGAGUGACAUUUACGGCCUGAUCACAGACGGCCAGGGGGAGACAACUCAAGUGAAUGGAGAAGGCAAGAGCUUCACCAUCCACUUUAUAACCCACAGAAAGGAUAAGAAGUGGAAAGCAACUGAGAAGAAGUUUGAUGUGAAGGAAGGUGAUGUCAGUGACUGGGUUCGCCAGAUACAAGCCAACUACAGACCAGCUACCCCUAAAAGCGUGCUUGUGAUAGUGAACCCAAUCGGUGGGAAGGGUCAAGGUCGACAGGUCUAUGAAAAGAAGGUGGCACCUCUCUUCAAGACAGCUGGGAUUGAGACUCAUGUUUUCUUAACAGAGAGAGCAAAACAUUCAGAAGAAAUUAUCAACAACUUUGACUUCUCUAAAGUUGAAGGCCUGGUGACAGUGGGGGGCGAUGGGAUGUACCAGGAAGCUCUCAACACGCUCAUCCAGCGGAACCAGAAAGAGGCUGGCAUCGACAUCAAUAAUCCGGAGUCUGUCCUCAAACCACUUGAUAUCAAGUUUGGCAUCAUUCCGGCAGGUACAGGCAAUGGUGUUGCAAACUAUGCUUAUGGUGUUAUUGAUGUUGAGACCGCAGCUCUCCAUAUCGUCCAAGGAAAGGUAAACAACUUCAACAUAUUCGGUAUCUACGAACCUGGCAAGCUUGUGUCCUACAGUGGUCUUCUGUUUGGAUAUGGAUUCUACUCUGAAACGAUUAAAAUUACGUCUGAGAAGCGAUGGAUGAAGAAAUUCAGAUAUCCAUAUGCACUGCUGGCAACAGCACUGGGCAAGAAGCGUGUAUACGAGGCAGACAUCCAGGUGCUAGAGGCACCAAGUAAGGAGACUGACUCACAGGAUGUCACCAAAAUACCAGAGUCAGGAGGAGCUGCUGCCUCCCCAACAGAAACAGGUUGGAGGAGACUGGAGACGCAGGAGUAUAUGGAUAUCCUAUUGUUUGUGAGUGAUCUCAACACUGCAGGGGAGCGUCUUGUCCUUGACCCAACCUCAAGCACCACCACCGUUCUGCUCACUAAACUUUGUGGAGGCAUCAGCCACAUCAAGGUGUUUCUGGGUAUAUUAAGUGGAAAGAAAGAGAGUCUGCAGGCUCCACAGUUGACUGUCCUCAAAAACAUCAAAGGGCUUAAGAUCAAAGUCAAGGUCAGUGAUGAGACCUCUUCUGUGUCUGAAAAACAGAAGGAAUUGGAACACUUGAUGGACAUAGACGGAGAGUUGUACCAAGCAGAGAACAUGGAUAUUGAGAUACGUUUACUGUCUCAGUUUGUUCCUGUGUUUUCUUCCCCUGUUGAAUUGCCUGGUGUGCAGACAACAGAGAUAUGACUCUCCAGCUGUUACAGGGUCGCCAGGGGACCAGCUUUCAAAGGUCACAUCAACAAAUUGCUUCUGUCCAUCACCAAGCUGUGCCUUCAUCUAAUGACAAUGGGUUACCGUCUAGUUUCACGCUGACUGUUUCUUUGUUUGCCGACAUUAAACCUGGUCUCUGAAGGUCUUCAACCUGCAUCACAGAGAACUUUCUUCCAGCAGUAAGUGGAGAUGCUGUGACUGGAAUACUGCUCAAUGUGGCUUUAAACCAAACUCACUCACUCACUUUAGAAAAUGUUUUUGUCUAGCUCAUUCUUACUCACCAUUUGCUUCAUCAAAUUGCCUUUAUAAUGAGAGAGUGCUUAUUUAUAAGACGCAAGCAAUGUGUCUGUGUUUCAAGAGGAAGAGAUAUGAUCUUCAAUCUGCGUGUCACACUGGGUAUACCCUUAUGUAACAACACUGUCCAAGAUAAGCCCAGUUCUGUUCCAGAAGUGCUAUUUUUAUUGUUCAUGUGGCCAGUGAUUGGCUGAUACUGUAAGCGCUGUGGACCUGUGCUAUGGGGUGUGAUGUGACACUGUUGUAUUUUGUGAGCCACAUGUAUCCGCAUACUACUUAAUAUCUAUAUGUGCAAUAGUUUGUCUUUGUGAAAAUUUCAGUGUAUGUAUUAAUGAUCUUUUGUGCAAAUCACAGCAUUUUAAACUGCAAUAAAAUGUUCUGUAGUUAAAUAUGAGCCACCCAGUGUAUACCUUUACCGAAUAUAUUUUAGUGCUUUGCCUGGGCUUUUCCCAUCUGAAAUAGAUUUGUAAUUGUUUCCCAUGGUGCUUGUAAUUUGCUUGCAUUUACUUUGUGAUCUAUUUUUGAACUUAUAACUUACUUCUGAUUUAUGGAAAGUACAAUUAUAUAUCUUAUGAA